ACCACGCCCCUCGUGUGCAGUUUCCUCGAGUGGAGGGACCUCAAGGUGGUCUACAAGAGGUACGCCAGCCUCUACUUCUGCUGCGCCAUCGAGGGCCAGGACAACGAGCUGAUCACGCUGGAGCUCAUCCACCGCUACGUCGAGCUGCUGGACAAGUACUUCGGCAGCGUGUGCGAGCUGGACAUCAUCUUCAACUUCGAGAAGGCCUACUUCAUCCUGGACGAGUUCGUGAUGGGCGGCGAGAUCCAGGACACCUCCAAGAAGAGCGUCCUCAAGGCCAUCGAGCAGGCGGACCUGCUGCAGGAGGUGGGGGCACCCCGAAAUCCCACCGGGAGGG